CCGGGCAUUCCAUCGGGUGGCACGCUUCGACGAGACGACAGAAGACGUUCGUCGUUCGUUCAGUCAGUCGUGCUCUGACGCCCGUUCCGAGUGCUCGGAGUUGAGUGAGAGAGAGUUCAACGAGCAAGGGACGUGGAAACGUUCUCUUACUGCGUUCUCUCGUACGAGAAAACAAAGCCAACCCUUCGAAUAUUCUUCGCUUCUCGGCCGGCCAGUUGCUUGGAUUACGCGUGCGGACAAUCAGCCUGGCCAGGCGUUCAGUGAACACGCGCUAAUUUCGCUACCUUGGAUUACCAGUGCAGUGUAGCCCACGACAAAUUGUGCAGACGAUUUGUCGAUUUUCAUUGAUCUCGUUCUGUGAUACAAGAACUGUUCGAGUACCAUGGUGACCGGGGUGGGUGCCACGAUGCCGACAGGCGGUGUCACCGUCGGUGCUACGCCGCCGGCGCAACACGUGCCCCAGGAGGCUGGACAGCCCCCUGCGCAAACCACCACCACCACCACUACUACGAGAAGAUCCGGAGAGAAUCGACGGAGCAAUAAACCGAUUAUGGAAAAACGUCGACGAGCCCGCAUUAACAACUGCCUAAACGACCUGAAGACCCUCAUACUGGAUGCCAUGAAAAAAGACCCAGCGCGACACUCGAAGCUGGAGAAGGCAGACAUCCUGGAGAUGACGGUGAAACACCUGGAAACGCUCCAGCGUCAACAGGUUGCCCUAGCUGCCGCGACCGAUCCGAACGUGUUAAACAAAUUCCGCGCUGGUUUCACGGAAUGCGCCGGUGAGGUUGGCAGGUUUCCCGGCCUGGACGCCUCGGUGAAGAGACGUUUGAUGGCCCACUUGGCCUCCUGCCUUGGACCGGUCGAGGCGAGCAACAACAACGCGCAGACGGCGAAUCAGCAGCCUGUCCAACCGGCGCCACCGACCACCCAGCUCCAAGUGCACAUUCUGCCGCAAGUGGACGCGACCCCGAGGAUCCAGGUUCAACAGUCGAACGGGAUCUUCUUCACGAACGCGAACGGCACCGGUCUCCAGCUGGUCCCGACCAGGCUACCUAACGGAGACAUAGCCCUGGUGCUGCCAGCCGGUGCAAAAGCGACUCCAGUCACGUCGCCAGCCACGUCUCCGGCGCCAAAUUCGCCUGUGCCCACUCUCAUCCCGAUUCCACAGAGAACAGCCAGCACAGCGUCGGCAUCGUCCUCGUCUUCCUCUGCCAGCUCGACGUCCACGUCAGCGGCUAGCCCAGUGGCGUUCGAGGCACCUCCCGCGACGUUCCGUGAGCAGCCAGCGGCCUACACCAACGGUAACAGUCACAGGGAUGUCGCGACCUCACCUGCCAAUGGCUACACCAGCGAUCCAGAGUUCGAUCCACGCGUGUACAGUCCAUAG